AUGAUUAAAGAGUGGGAAAAUCGCUUUCAGAGGUUUAGAAGCCAGAGAGCUGGACUUCAGAAGGACCAGGAAGGGACCACUGAUGAGGGAGAGCAAGAUAACAGGAAGCCAUCCAAGAUCCCCAAUAUCAGCCACCCCUCAAUAGCUCAAGAUUUCCCAUACCACAAAGAGGACCUCUGCACUGCAACACCUCUAGGAAUAUGGACAGCAUUCUACAAAUCAGACCCACGCAUUGCCCUUGGAAAAUACUCCCCAAUGGAACAAAAGAUCCAAAAUCUCGGUGGUGUUCACACCAUAGCAACCAGAAGAUUUUUGACUGACAAACUCAAGAAAGAACGGAGGAUGCUGAGGGAAAUACAGGCACAGUCAUCAGACUACAAAAAGGCCACAAAAUACAGAACAAAGUCCUCCUCUUGUUCUGUGUGUGGACCCCCAGAAAAAAUAUGGACAGCAAAGGUGGUUGUACCACCAGAGGAGUUUAAAAUGCCCUGCCGAGAAGCGAUCGACAUCAACAAACAUAUAAAAAGGAUGCAGCUGGCACGGGCCCUAAGAAAUAGGCAGUUUUCGCCAUACGUUGAAAAGCUCCAUAAUAUCACACUGCUGUCUAGAGCAGAGCUGAGUUCCCCACGAACAGACAAAUCCAGUGAAUGGGGGGAUAACUCUGACAGGGAUAUCUAUGAUAAAGCCACCCAGGAGGAGAAAGGGGAAGCAGAGUUCAAGCCCAAAGAAAGACGAGAGAUUGAAAUGAACGUGACUUUCAAGUCAGAAGAAAGCAAAGGGUGUUUGGUAUGCCAUCGGAAUGAUCGGAAAGCUUUUCUCCCCCCGAAGAAGAGGCAGGAGCGGUGUAUCACGGGCCUGACGAACAGAAACCUCUUCCCCAUCAUUGGCUUUCCUGGAGACCUGAUGCUCUUGAACCAGGAUUUUAUAUCACGGGGGAUCCACCCGAAUGACGCCAUUAACAUCUACUGGCUGCCAGAAGAAGACACCUGCAAAGCACACAAGCGCAAGGCCGCUUGCUGCCCGUACAACCAAGUGCCCUGCUCUUCGUGUCUCCUGCACACCUUGUCCUAG